AUGCCCCUCAACGACAAUGAACGGGCGUUGCUGGGUCGGCCUUCGACAGCCAAUCUUGAACUGGAUUAUCAACGAGUGGACUUCGCCCCGAAAGAGAAGAGCAAGAUUGGUCGCUUCACUCUGGUCGCAUUGAUACUCAAUCGAACAAUCGGCUCCGGCAUCUUUCUCUCUCCACACAAAGUCCUCGCUGGCACUGGUUGUGUCGGCGGUGCCUUGUGUGCUUGGGUUCUCGGCGCCCUCAUAUCGGUAUGCGGUCUGUAUGUUUGGCUCGAAUGCGGCCUUUCGAUGCCACAACGUCGCGUCCGAGGAGAGGACAAGCCUCGCGGUGUCCCCAGGUCGGGCGGAGAGAAGAACUACCUGGAGUUCAUGUUUCCCAACAGCAAUCUUCGGCUUCCACACAUUCGAACCACAUGCUCAUUCUCGAUCAUGUUUAUAUUGAUGUACAAUCUCAGUGGCAACGCCAUCUCGUGCGCACUUCAAGUCCUGUCUGCUGCUGGCCACUACGAUAAGGCGUCGGAAGAGGUCCCUGAUCGUGGCGUCGUUAUUGCAGUAGCCAUCGCGCUGCUCACUUUCGUCGUCAUGCUCCAUGCCUUUUCGAGAAACAUGGGCAUCUGGAUCAACAACAUCUUCGCCACGGCGAAAGUAGCCCUCCUUCUCACCAUUGUCUGCCUCGGGAUUGCAAAGGCCGCCGGAAGAUUUGGAGGUCCUGGAGACGUAAUCCGCAACAAUUUCACCAAGGAUGUCUGGACCACGCAGCGAACAGAUGUCUCCUCGUGGUCGAAUGCGUUGAUGAUCUGCAUGUACGCGUUCUCAGGCUAUGAACAGCCGUUUUAUGUCCUCGCAGAAGUUCGCAGCCCUCGAAAGCACUUCCCGAAAUACACCGUGCUCGCGAUGCUGAUCACUGGCGUUCUGUUCCUUGCCGUCAAUAUCAGCUAUCUCCUGGUCGUAGAUAAGAGCGAAGUGCUACCGCAGACUCGAAACAGCCUACCUGGUAAUGUCGAUCUGGCGACACUCUUCUUCGACACUCUGUGGUCCGAGAACCACAAGUCGGCUACCAAAGCGAUCUCCGUCAUCAUGGCCAUUUCCAUAUUCGGCAACUUGUGGGUGAUGACUUUUACUGCUGCCCGUGUCAAGCAGGAGAUCGCCAAAGAGGGCAUCAUUCCCUUCUCCCUCUUCUUUGCAACCUCGUAUCGCACACCGUAUGGUCUAUGGCAGCAGUGGACGUCGAAACAGCCCAAGCUGGACGAUGAAAUCGAGCAAGCCCCCACCGCAGCAUUUGGACUCCACUGGCUCACGUCAAUCUUGCAGAUCGCUGUCACGGCAGCCAUCGUGGACCCACGCAAGACCUACUCGACUCUGGUCAACCUCUACUCGUACACCAUCAUCGUCGUCCUCAGCCUGUGGGUGUCGAUUGGUCUUGCAAUCACCAAGACCAAGAGAAAAGAGGCGUGGCGGGAAGGCCGUCGCUAUCAGCCGUGGUUGUCGCCGGUACAUGUCAUUGUACUGGGCAUCGCCAACGCGUUCAUGGUCGUCGCUGCGUUUGUGCCAGCGAGCUACGGAUCUCCCUUUCACAGUUCCGUAACGGGAAUCCCAUGGUACCUGGUGCCGGCAAUCGGCGUGACUUCGCCCUUUUGGGGUGUUAUCUGGUAUUGGGGGUUCCUGUUCUAUCAAAAGUAUAUCAAGAAGAGGGACUUGGUGGUGCAUCGAGAAGCAUACUGGGUUCCUGAUGCCGAAUGCGAAGGCGAGUAUGUCCAAUUAGCAGAGAUCAUCAGCAUCAACUGGCAGAUACCACAGCGAGGGGCAGUCUGGGAUGAUGAAGAGAGCUCAUUGCACGAGACUAGUAAUGGCAAGUGCGGAGGCCGUAGAGUAAGGAGGAUGUGUGUGACCUAG